AGCGCACGAAAAUCAAUACUGUGAUAGCAGUGACAUUGAAACUUCUGACGAGUAGACACAUUAUAUAUAUGGAUCACACUGCCAACUCCUUUCUCUUUGUCCCAUUCCAUAUCUCCUGCUUCGCUUUUGCUUCUGAUUCCAUUUAUUUCUCUUCCCUUUCCCCGUCCUUCCUAUGUUCUUCUUCUUCAUCUUGUUUCCGCUUCUUCCUUCUCUUUCUGCUGUGCUACCUGACAUGAUUUGAUUCCAUUUGAGAAUUCGCCGCGUCCGAUUCUUUCCACUCCGGUAAUAAUUCCAUAUUUCUACAGCUGCCGAUCGUUGACCGCGACACCUGUUCUUCUGGUCGUUUGUGGGUAUCUCUGUCUUUAAAGGUUAAUAAUCCAGGUAGCUGAGGGACAGAGGUGGUUUGGUAGGGACUAUGGAGGCAAACUUUGGACAUUUGCAGCAUUUAUCAAUCCGGAUUGAUUUCGGAACGGUUGUGAGGAAACCGAGUGGUUCGGUUCGAUUUCUUCAGCCAAUUUCUGAUCGGCAGAAGCUUCCAGGGCUUGUUUCGGCUUUUCAGCAACCUCUGAGGCUUUCGAAUCGAUGCAGGACGGUCUCUGUGGAGACUUCCUGUUAUCGUGAGAAUAUUUCAGAUUUGACAUUGGAAACUGAAAUUUUUCAUCCCUUCGACAAAGAUCUACUUUUAAAGAACAAGUCACAAGAGGUCCGGCCCCUUCUAAAUGGACGAUGCAUAUAUUUAGUUGGAAUGAUGGGCUCUGGAAAGACAACCAUAGGCAAGAUUCUAGCGAGAGAAUUGGGUUACACAUUCUCUGACAGCGAUACAUUGGUGGAGCAAGAUGUUGGUGGAACAUCAGUGGCUGACAUUUUCAAGCUUCAUGGCGAGGUUUUUUUCAGGGAUAAGGAGACUGAGGUAUUGAAAAAACUAUCAUUGAUGCACGGGUUUGUUAUCUCCACUGGUGGAGGUAUUGUUGUUCGGCCUAUUAACUGGAAAUAUAUGCGUAAUGGGAUUAGCAUCUGGCUAGAUGUGCCGCUGGAAGCCUUGGCAAAGAGAAUUGCUGCAGUAGGUACUGAUUCUCGCCCCCUCUUGCACCACGAGUCAGGCAAUGCCUACAUGAAGGCUUUCAGACGAUUGUCGGUCCUUCUUGAGGAAAGGGGUGAUGCAUAUGCCAACGCCAAUGCCAAAGUUUGUUUAGGAAGUCUUGCUGACAAGCUAGGGUUGUCAGAUGUUUGUAAUCUUACACCUGCAGAUAUUGCUAUAGAGGCGCUUGUACAAAUUCGGCACUUCCUAGAACAGAAGGAUGAUUAUGCUACAACUUAACGUGGAAUUCAUUGCUUCUGAGCUCAUUGUAUAAUCAUGGGAUGGUAAGUGCUCCUUCGAUGCGGUCCAUUUGAAAUGUUAAUGCGUUGUGUAGUAUGAAAAUUUUGAGGUUAAUGAAAUUUGUGUCUAUAUAAAUAUAUAGUUGCAAAGACAUACCAAAUAAAUAUGUAAACUAUUGGAGUUGUAACCUAUAAUUUACGUGUUGUUGUUUGAUUACAA